CAAUAAAAUAAUGAAAAGUUAAAAUUUUAUUAUAAAUAAAAUGAAAAAAUUAAUUUUUUAUAAAUUAAAACUGCCGGUUUUUAGUGUUACAUUAAAUUAUUAAUACAAAGUCUUAACUUUUUUUGCGGACAAAGGGACUAGUAGUGAAAAUAAUUUAUACCCAUUUUUUAUAUUUGGUGUGUCAAUGAGUGUUUGUGUAUGUCGCUGCUUUGCGGUAACAAGUCAAUGAAUUUUUCAUUUCAAAAUGUUGGUGGGUUGUUCGGUCGGUUCGGUUUUUUUUCUGGCUGUGACUGACAGAAUGAAUGGCUGCUGCUGCUGGGUGGCUGGCUGUUUAGGAUUAUUUAGCUUCUUUUGACUUUAGUGCCAGACAAAAGAUUUAAAAACUAAAACAUAGGAAGUAAAAACACUUAGUGAGACCACAUUCUAAAGAAAAAAACAAAAUACUAUUAGAAUAAUAAAUGUUUAUUUAGUAAAGUUCUUUCUUCUCUUUUACAAAUGAACAAAACUAUUCAACAUUCAGCUAAAUGGAGUUAGUUGAAUGGAAAAAACAGCAAAAAUUAAACAAGUCAUAAAAAUCAGUGCUGUGCGGAUAAAAUAAACAAAAGAAUGUUGUGUAAAUGAGGUAAAAAAAAACUACUCUAUUAAAUGCAACAAAAAAAUAUACGAGAAAAAAGUGGAAAAAAUACGAAAAAUAAAAAACAUGAUUUAAAAAAGAAUGCGUGUGUUUUUCUUUUUCAUGCCUUCAAGCAGCCAGAAAAUCACACAAAACAGUUUUAUAGAAACGGGAGCAAGUGGCAGAUGAAUUCUGUUGAAAAAUUUGUAAAAAUUAAAACAGCAAUUGAAUAUCUAAAAUUAAAUUUUACCUAAAUUUUCCAUUAUACAUUUAGGUAUUUACAAUUACCGAACAAAAAAAUGGAAAAACCAAUUGUGCAAUAAAAGUUUUGAAAGAAAACUAAUCACUUCGAGUAGAAAAUUUAUUAAACUGUUUUGGGAUAAUUCCAGAAAAAAAAAACUAAAAUUACCUGACAAAAAGGAUUAAUGAACUCAAGAGGUUGUGCUCAUAAAUUGAAUACAACCAGAAGUUGUAAUAAAUAGAAUAAUGAACGUUAAAGUGAGUGGUUAAAAUUAGUGUCACUAGGGUGAAAGACAUCGAAAAAUGGCAAAUAUGUGAAAAGCUGUCUUAAUUUCAAAAUAAAUAAAAAAUUAAUUAACGAAAUAAAAAACUGUUUAACACACAGAAAACAACAAAAAAACUUAAUUUAUGUUAAAAACUAAAUAAAAAACUUAAAAAGUGGUGGUUUUUUCCCUAAACCAGUGCAAACCUCCCUUAAGUGCAAAAAAAAAACAAAAAACUUUGCUUCCCUUUUAACUUUAUAAACAAUUAUAAUAAAAUUGUAUAAUUUUAAACAAUUUUCGUUAUUAAUUAAAUUAAUUGAAAAAUAUAUAUGAAAAAAAAAAUAAUUUAAUACUAUUUGCAUUUUGAAAAAAAGUACUAAAAUAUACAAAGCUGCAUUUAUUUAUUAAACACAGCUAGGCAAAUCAAUGAUUACUAAACAUAUCUAGCAAGUGAAAAACAGGUUUAGAAAACUUUAAAUAAACGCUUUUAAUAAAAAUAUUUAUCAAAUAAAAAGAAACAAAAUUUUGUUGUAAUAAAUUCUCUAGGCCUGUGUUUGUGUGAGUGUGUUUAAGUGAAAAAAAGAGAGAAAAGAAAAACAAAAAAAAUAAAACAACAUGUCGGCAGUCGGCAUUAAAAUAGCAACAACAGCAACCCCAAAUACACACACGGCAGCUGCAACUGUCGUCGACGUCGAUGUUAAUGAAGUGAGAAUUAAAACAACAACAACAACGACGACUAAUAAAACAGACUGCGCCUUGUUUGUCAAAACUGGCGAAGAAAAAAAUUCUUCAUUUUCUAGUUUGUCUUCAGUGAAAGAACAACAAUUGUCUUCGUUAUCAUCAACUUCCUCUGAAAAUGAGUCACAACAACUAAAUAAAGUUCCUUUAGAAAAUUCUCAAAAUACUCGACAUCUGCCAGAUGAAGAAAAUGAAGCGGAAAAUUCCCAAACACCAGUAUCAACAUCAUCAAACAGGGACUUGAAUCACCUCAAGCAGGAAGAUGUUGUGGACAACAAUCCAUUGGCAACACAACAAAUAAGUCCCGGUUUAAGUUUACUACAACAAACUGCGGCGGCUUCAUCGCCACCACCGCACAGCUAUAGGCAUUCUCGAGCGUAUCGUCAUUUUAAAAAUCCUCCCCAGCCUCAUAUGUGUAUACGUACAACGACAGAAGCUGGUGAGGAAUUAUUUAUAAAUGUCUUAAGUUGGACUCGGAUUGUGAUACCUCAGGAACCCAGCGAUCCAAUACCUUUAUAUGGUGGUAUGAGGGUUCCUCCUGGUAGUCCACGCAGUCCACCAAUAGUUUUUGCUGUUAUGGCAAAUCCAGAAGUUUUAAAAGAUUCUGGCCGUCAUAGUAAAGAUCCCGAAGAGCGUCGUGCAAUGGUUGAAUUAAUGUGUGAUUUUGUUGAAGCUAUGAAUCCAGGUGUUAAAUUAGUGCGCAAUGCGAUCAUUUUAAAAGAUCGCGAUAUAUCCGGCGAAUUAAAAGAUGUUUGGAAUGCAGUACAAGCUCAAAGAGAUCGCGAACGUGAAGAGCAACUUAUACUGCAACGCCAACAACAUCAGCAACAUUUCCAUAACAUAACAAAUGCUUCGGCAAACGGCAGUUUAAAUACAAAUUCUGCUUUAACAACUAACGCCACUAAUAAUACAGCAACAACUACUCAACAAAUGUUUGCAAAAUCUAUGCAAAUAAAUGCUGCUGGAGAAGCAGUGGAUGGUAGUAGUGGAACACCACCUAGAAGUAGAAAAAUUAUACAUGAAGUACAAAAUGAUAAUAAUGCAAGCAAUAUAGAUAUAGAAAUGCAAGACACAGAUAUUACAAAAACAAGUAGCAAUAGCCAGUUGUCGUUAGCCUUAUUGGCCGAGCAUUUGGAUAAUAAAAUGUCUUUAGCCGCAGCAGGAGGAGGAGUAGAGCAUGCAGAGCAAAUACAACAACAGCAAAACAACCAAAAUUCUAUAACAAAUGAUGCCUUAAGUAAUGGAAACAAUAGUAAAGAUUCCUUAAUACAGGAGAGGGGUAAUAAUAAAAUUGACUUAAAUAAUCAAAUGAAUAAUAUUAACAGUAAUAAAGAUCUUAAGACACAAACGACAACAUUAACAAAUGGUUCUGCUACCAAUUGUAAUGAUAUAGAAGUAACAAAAACUAUUAUUGCUACAAGUACCCCAACAAAUAAUACUUCAACCAUUCCCGCCCAAAAUCCUAAUACUUGCACUAUAACACCUACUACCACCACCAAUACCAUUACUCCUCCGGUUCAAACACAACAGCAACAGGUGCCUACUAAAAAAGAAAAACUAGGAGGUUUCUUGCCAAAUGGUUGUAUAUUCCCACGUUUCACUAAAAACAAUAAACACAAAGAUAAGGACAAAGAGAAGGAGAAGGAAACAAAAACAAAAGAUAAAGAGAAAAAUGUUUUAUUGAGUGCUUUAAAAAAAUCCAAGGAUAAAAAAUCAAAUGCUGCAGCAGCUCUUGCAGCAAAUCAGGAUGACAAAAAUACCUCGUCUAAUAGUAACAAUAUAACUGCCGCCUCCACCAAUUGUAAUACAACAAAUAAUAAACAACAACAACAGCAACAAAAAAACUGCCUCCAACAAUUGGAAAGUGGUGUACAAAAAUUAGACUUAAAUAAUCAUCUGCAUCAAACUCAUCAAAAUAUUGCUGAUAAUAAUGUAAACAAUACCAGUGCCACAACAAAUAAAACUAAUGCAACCACAACAGCAACAACAACAACAACAACUAGUAGUAGUAGCUCUAGCGGUGUGGGUGUUCAUUAGUUUACAACAUUUUUGAAUAUGUAACAACAACAACAACAACAAUAACAUCAAAGCGUUCUUAGAAGGUAAUAAGAUUUUAUUUUACUAUUUUUAGACCAAACAACAGCCCUGGGCAACUAUUAUUUUGUUUUCAAUUUAGGUCUGUUGUGUGCUGGUUAGGAAAUCUUAAAGAAUUUAUGGAGUUUUUUUUUUUAACAAUAAAAGUACUUUUUAUGAAAGUAUUAAAAAUCUAAAUUUUGAAAAAGA